GUUGUACGGUUGCCGCCGGUGUUCAGUUCGGUUGGGCCUUGCAGCUUUCUUUAUUAACCCCUUACAUUCAGACACUUGGGAUAGAGCACGCCUUUUCUUCAUUCAUUUGGCUCUGUGGCCCGAUUACAGGCCUUGUGGUUCAACCUUGUGUUGGUAUUUGGAGUGAUAAAUGCACUUCAAAGUAUGGAAGGAGGCGGCCAUUUAUUCUUGCAGGAUCUCUCAUGAUUUCAGUUGCUACAUUGGUUAUGUAUUGGGUGAUACAAAGGAGGAUUGCAGAGUAUUCAAAGGAACUCGAACAAGAGCUGCCUUUGUAUUUGUUAUUGGGUUCUGGAUGCUGGAUCUUGCUAACAAUACUGUGCAGGGACCAGCUCGUGCGCUUUUGGCUGAUCUAUCAGGUCCUGAUCAACGCAAUUCAGCUAAUGCUAUAUUCUGCUCAUGGAUGGCUGUUGGAAACAUCUUAGGAUUUUCUGCUGGUGCAAGUGGAGAUUGGCACAGAUGGUUUCCUUUCCUAACGAGUAGAGCUUGUUGUGCGGCUUGCGGAAAUCUCAAAGCAGCAUUUAUUGUGGCAGUGGUCUUCCUGACUCUAUGUACUGUUGUGACUAUAUAUUUUGCUGAUGAGGUUCCACUUACUGUAAAUCAGCCCAAUCAUUUAUCAGAUUCUGCUCCUUUGUUGGAUGAUCCUUAUGAAAAUGGCCUUGACCUUUCCAAAUCAAAACCUGAUGUACCAAUUGCUGCCAGUUUCAACAGCAACAAUGCAGACAGUGCCCAUGAACGGGAUGUAGAUCAAAAGCAUGUCAACACAACAGUUGAGGAUCAAAAUGAAAGUUUCAAUGAUGGGCCUGGAGCUGUAUUAGUCAAUUUGUUAACCAGCUUAAGGCAUUUACCACCUGCAAUGCAUGCGGUGCUUAUUGUUAUGGCUCUUAGUUGGUUGUCCUGGUUCCCCUUCUUUCUUUUCGAUACAGAUUGGAUGGGGAGAGAGGUUUAUCAUGGGGAUCCAAAAGGAAAUUUGAGUGAAGUAUAUGAAAGAUCAGAGGUUGUCAGAGAAGGUGCAUUUGGUUUGCUAUUGAAUUCUGUUGUUCUUGGAAUCAGUUCUUUCCUUAUUCAACCUAUGUGUCAGCGACUGGGUGCAAGGGUUGUCUGGGCAAUGAGCAAUUUCAUAGUGUUUGCUUGCAUGGCAGGCACAGCUAUCAUUAGCUUGAUAUCUGUCAGGGAAUACUCGGAAGGGAUUGAGCAUGUAAUUGGAGGCAGUGGAUCAAUCAAAAUAGCUUCCUUGGUUUUAUUUGCUCUUCUUGGUUUUCCCCUUGCUAUUACCUAUAGUGUUCCCUUUUCUGUUACUGCACAGUUGACUGCUGAUUCUGGUGGUGGGCAAGGAUUGGCAAUAGGAGUUCUCAAUCUUGCAAUUGUUGUACCGCAGAUGGUUGUAUCACUUGGAGCGGGUCCAUGGGAUGCUCUUUUUGGUGGAGGAAAUAUACCUGCCUUUGUUUUGGCAUCCUUGUCUGCCCUUGCUGCUGGUGUUGUCGCAACUCUCAAGCUUCCAAAACUUUCAACAAGUUCUUUUGAGUCAUCUGGUUUUCAUAUUGGUUAAUGACUAUACUGUCUUCAAUGAAGAGGCAUCCAGUCUGUAUAUGAUUAUCAGAAACCACAAACGCACUGGUCAAUGAUUUUCAUUCAGGAUCCAUUAGUGAUCUCAUAGCGGAUAAUCAGCAUCAUUCUUUCUCACUUGUUACCUGCUGGAAAUCAAUGGCUCUACUUAUGAGUAUGUACAAUUUUCACAUAGAAAGAGUGAUGGGUUAUAUAUUCAAAUUCAUUAUUUUUUUUGCCCCAUUUGUGGGCACCUGUACCUUAUGUAGAGUGUAAAUGAUCACACUUAUAUUGAAAAGCUCUCACAUGCAUAUCAUAAUCAUAUUAUAAAAAGAUCUGAAUAUAUUAACUUUAUGUUCUGCCGUCUUCUC